GCUUUGACUAACAACAAAUGUUCUUUCUCUUUUGUAGAAGUGAAGCUGAAAGAUUAUGGAUCAGAUCUCAUUGAGGUUUCUGAUAACGGAUGUGGCAUAGAAGAAGAAAACUUUGCCGGAUUAACUCUUAAACAUCAUACAUCCAAGAUACAGGAUUUCUCUGAUCUUAUGCAUGUUGAAAGAUAUGGCUUUCGAGGGGAAGCUCUGAGUUCUUUGUGUGCUUUAAGCGACGUUUCCAUUUUCACCUGUCACAAGUCAGCAAAGGUUGGGAGGCGGCUGGUGUUUGAUCACAAAGGGACAAUUGCCCUGAGAGUCCCUUAUCCCCGCCAACAAGGGACAACAGUCAUUGUGCAGCAGUUGUUCCAUGCGUUGCCAGUGCGGCACAAAGAGUUUCAGCACAACAUUAAAAAGGAGUAUGCAAAAAUGGCUCAGGUGUUGCAAGCAUACUGCAUCCUUUCCAGAGGGGUCCGGAUGCCCUGCACCAAUCAGGUUGGUCAAGGGAAGAAGCAUCCUGUCUUAUGCACCAAUGGGAACCCUGGCAUAAAAGAAAACAUCGGAGCAAUAUUCAGUCAAAAACAG